GACACAGGUGCAGAAGUGGUUGUCCAGAAGGAACUAUUUCCUGGAGUGCAAGUAAACACUGAAUAUUUUGAACAGGAACAAAACGUCAACGAACUGAAAAAUGAAGUGGCUGAACUGGAUAUUGUACUUAUAAAUGAACAACUAAAAGAGCUGGAGUCCUCAAUGAAAAAUUUGUCAACAGAAAAAGAUAACAUGAAAAUAGGUCCUAUGAACAACACAGUUCUUCUGGAGAAGAUUAAGGCAUGUACAGAGUCCUUAUGGAAAGAAAGAGAUGUCUUAAACCAGUUGAAAACCCAGCAAGAAAGUUUAUCUCAGCAUUUAACAUGCAUGGAUAAAGUGUUAACCGAAAGCCAAAUGAGGCAACUGGAGCAAUGGUGGCAACACAUGGAACAAACAGUGCAAAAGAAACACGAUCAAGUUGUGGCAGAGAUCGAUGAAUUUAACCUGCUUAUGAAUAAAGCACAGGAUAUUCAGAGACUGAUACAAGAACAGUCUUUACAAGCAGAAUUAUAUUCCUCAGCUGCAGGAAAAGCCAAAUACGCUGUACUUUGGACCACAGAGCUACAGGACAUUAAACAUGGUCUUUCUCUAUUAAAAAGAAGGAUUGAACUGCAGAUGAAAAGAAUUUGGAGUGAUCAAGAGAAGGUGGCUUUGGAGAACUCUAUACAUGAUUUGCAGAGCAAAUUGGAAGCAUUAUCAGCACAACAAACUCCUCGAGAGGAUGUUAAGAUCACUGGUCCUGCUCUCAUGAAACAUGAAAUGGUGAAGAGGCUGAAAGAAAAUAUUUCAUGGGUCAAACAAUCACUGUCCUCUUUUGAUCAGAAAGCAGCACUUUUCCCCAGUGAUGUUAAAUCACAGAUCAGAAGUUGUCAGCUUAUGAGCACAGAAAUUCUAAACAGAGAGCCUGUGAUUGUAUCACUGGAUUAUGAACUCCAGCACAUCAUUCCCAGCUUGAAGCCAGAGGAGAUCUCUGAUAUGACCUUCCUUUUACAAACAUUGCAGAAUUCAUACCAGGCUCUUGUUUUAAAAUCGGCUCAAAGAUUACAGCACCUAGAGCUCCUGCUGGAAGAGAGGCAAAGGCUUAUUGCAGAAGUAGAAAAAGUUCACUGUCAGCUUCGAAAUGCUGAGAUGCUUGCCAGGCCUGACAUGAACCAAACCAGCACAUUGUCAGAAUUAAUGAAUCAACAAGCAAUUUUAAAGGGGAUUUUAAAGGACGUACAGGAAAUAGAAGGGCUUAUCUCAUCCCACUGUAAAGAGAGUCAGGUCACAGCUGGGGAACUGAGUUUGUCUGAACAACUAUUUUUGAUUGAUCAAUUAAGAAGUCUGAAGAAUAGAGCAAGAAAGACACAGAGGCAAAUUCAGAGUAAACUUCAUGAAGUAGAAAAAAAGAUAGCUGUCUGCCAAGAGUUUGCUGAAGGAAUAACUUCAUUGCAGGAAGAUCUUAAUGAUCUACAGCAUGGUGAAAUGAACCUGGGAGAAAAUGAAUUAUUAGGUGGUAAGCAGGAAGUGAACAAUAAACGCAAAGCACUUACAGAAAAAGUAUUAGCUUUUCAGUCCAAUUUGUCACAAAUAAUGAAGUACAAAGAAAUCUUUGAAUGCAUAGGUCUAAAAUGGGACUCACUGCAGCUGAAUGAAUUGCAAACUAAAUUUUUUAAAAUUAAAAAUGAAAUUAAAGGGAAGAUAAUACGCUUUGAUAAUGUUGUUAGGGAAUGUGAAAAGAUUCAAGCAUUGCUAAAUGAAAUCCAGAUUGUGAUAUCCACUCUAAGAAAAGAAGCUAACAUCCUAAACAAUAGCUCUAGCUCUUCUCCUGCUGAGAAUCUUGUAUCCGCACAGGUUCUGUCUCAGGCAGUUCAACAAAUCUUGUACUUAACCCAGGAGGUAGCAAAUCAAAUAAACAAAAAUGAGGUCUUUGAUACACCAUUCAAGGAAUGUAAGAGGAAAGAAAUAAAGAGCCUGGAGAAAGAUGUUGAGGAAUUGAAUCAGUUUCUUCAAAACUUGGUCUCAGGUCUGCAGUGUGUAAACAAGGAAGAUACCCAGAAUGAAGUAGAACAUAUAUUCCACAUCAUAAAGCAUAUUCAGUUAGAGCUUCAGCAACCGCUUCUGAUAGACAUAAAAAUGAUGCAGUAUGAAAAGAUACGAUGGGAAGCAAUUCAGAAUAUGAUGCAAGCAAAGUUUUCUGCUAUUAAAUGCAUAAUGGAAAAAGAGAGGGAAAACCAAGAAGAAAAAUCUCUUGCUGCUGAUAUAGAAACAAAAUUAGAGACACUGCAAGAUCAUGAAAUACAAUUGAAGACAGACAUUGCUGCCCGUGUUAGUGCUCUGGAGGAGGCAUUUAGGACUGGUGAACUUUAUACCAACGCUGUUCAGAGGGCUGCCAGGUUCCUUGAGGACUAUGAAGCUCAAGUCCAGUCUGCUACAGCAGAGCUUGGUAGCUCAGAGGAGGUCUGUCAAACCCCACAAUGGAAACAAGAAGAGUUCAACUCUGCAAAGGCUGACAUAGAAAACCUGUACUCCAAGCUGAAAAACCUAGUGAAACCAGAAGACAAAAUAUGUCUGGAAAAUACUUUAACAGAACUAGUCAAUAAGAGUUUGGCUUUAAGGGAGAAGGCUCAAAGAAAGGAAGCUGAUAAACAGAGGUAUUUUGAAAAAUACAAAAGCUACACAAAAAGCAAAGAUAAAGUGUGUGGUAAUCUUAACAAACUGGAACAGAUGCUUAGGCAGUCUUUGUCUCAAAUACCAAUGUCUUAUAAAGAAGCUUUGGAGUACUUGGAAGAAAGCAAGCUGGAACGAGAAACAAUAAUUCUCGAUAAGCUCCAGGAAGAACAGCCAGAAAGUCUUAAAGAGAAAGAAAAGGCCACCGGAGAGGAACUAGUAGAAUUACUAGAUUUUGUGAACUCAUUUGAGGAAAAUAUCAACCAGCAACAGCUCCUCUUACUCUUACUACUUCACCGAAUAAGAAACAUCCUGAAUACAUCUGAAAAUACUGAGGCAGAAGCUGCCCUACCCGCAUUAUGUGAGAUAAAGGCAAUGCAGGAUCGCUGUACAAAGUUAUAUGAAAAGACUCAAGACCAUAAGGAUUCUGUGCAAGCUGAGAUUCAAGAGAGGAAUAAGAUCACUGAGGAAAUAAGUGCUGUGACAAAUGCAUUACAGAAUGCUGCAUCUGUGUUAUUACAAGAUGCUGCUGGAAAGGCAGGACAACUGGAGGAGGUUCAGAGCGUGAUUGGUAAAGAAAGUCAAACUCUGAAGGAUAUCAUGGACAAACUCCGGAUCAAGUAUUCUGAACUGUAUACAGUAGUUCCUGCAGAGAUCGAAACACAGUUGGAGGACUGCAAGAAAGUGUUGCAAGACCUAGAAGACAAGGUUAGCUUUGAAAUCUUGCAGAACUCCCCUCAGUAUGUGCUGAAAAGAAAAGCAGAAACUAUUAACAAUGGCCUUCAAACUAUUGAAAAGAUGUUACAACAGAAGAGCGAAAACAUUGCAAAAGCCAAAGAAGUUCAGAAGGCUGCCAACAAGAUGGAAGACUAUGAUGAACUCUUGAAGAAUGUGAAAGUUUGGAUAGAAAACACCAACUGCUUGCUAAGAGCAGAUGCUCAAAAUGACUCUGCAAAAAGCUUAUGCAAAUAUACCGAUGACCUUCAGAUGGCUUUGGAAGACUCAGAGCAAAAGCAAAAUCUUCUACACAGUGUUUACUUGGAACUGGAGGAGCUAACACCAGUGUUUGAAACAGACAGUGUAAUGCAACAGCUAAAUGAAAUAGAUAAUCAAGUAGCAACUUUACAGCAUGAGAUAGCAGAGAUUCUUCCACAGAUCCAGCAUAUGGCUGAUGAAUUGGAUGCCAUUGAAUCUCAUGUGAAAGUGUUUGAGAAGGACAUUGCCAAAAUGAAGACAAUCCUGUCAUCAGAAGAUCUGUUAGAAUUUUCUCCUAAAGACCAACUUAAACAUGGACAGGUCCGUGAAAACUCCUAUAUAGGCUUUUUUCCCUAUAUAUUUAUGAAUAAGUUAGCAUAA